GUAGACCACUUGGAGGGGACAUAAAAGAGCAGAGAGAGAAACCAAGGAAAGAAGAGAGAGAAACCCAAAAACCAAAGGAAAAAAGAGACUAGAGAGGGUGGUUAAUAGUUAAUACCCUUCAGAAAUUAGUACUCCUAAAACUCCUCCUAAGAGAGAGAAACAAAGCUAAUCUACCCAAGGAGGAAAGAAAAGAAAACAUAGAAGAGAGGAGAGAGAAAGAGAGGAGAGAGAAAGAAGGCAACUUUAUUACCUUUUUUAUGAUGCACGCAUCCAUGGCAGAACUUACAAGGGUACAGACUACUGCUACGAUACAUUUUUAGAGUAGAAAACAAAACCCAAAGGGUAAGAGAGAGUAAGAGUAAGGGUAAGGGUAAAGAAGAAGAAGAAGUCUUUUUUCUCUUCUAAUCUUCUUCUCAUUACAAAAAUCAUUCAUAUGAAGAAGCAACCUUCUUGAGUAUCUAGAAGAAGAAGAAGAGAGAGAAAAUAUAAAAAAAGGAGGUUGAAAUGUUGGUGCAGAAAGGAAUAGAUAUGUCAAAACCCUUAAGCAUCAUUCUUAUGAGUGGAGAUAAUUUACUAUGUUUCUUUCUUCUUCAACCUCCAACACUUUCAUCUACUAAUUGAAUCCUUUUUUUUUCUGAUAUGGGUUUUUAGUUUCUCUAACUAUGAUGCGAGCUAUGCCCUACAAUUUGCAAGGUAAGGGUGUGGUAGAGGUAUCAGGUGGUAUAAUUUCACAAAUCUCUUCCUCAGUUGUUGCUGCUCCAAAGUGGAAGAGUAUAGAGAAGAAGAAGAAAUUAGAAGAAGAAGAAGAAAUUGAAGAAGAAGAAGAAAUACAAGUUUAUAGUAGUUUAGUAAAGCAAAUCUCAGGAAGUAAUAAUAAUAGUGGAAGAGGUACAAGUUCAAUAGAGAGUGAACCCACAUCUACUCUGGAUACUACUAGACGAAGUCCAAGUCCACCCACCUCCACAUCAACUCUGUCAUCUUCAUUUACAAACGGCAAUAAAACUGAUAAUACGACAGCCGGUGUGGCGGACCCCGCAUGUGCCCGGAAAGAGGAUUGGCCAUCCGACCUCCAACAACACCAUCAUCUGCACCAGCACCAUGGAUCUGAUAAUGUUACAGCAGGAGCCGGAGCCGGAGCGGCUGCGGCUGCUGCUACUGCUACUGCUACUGCUACUGCUGCUGCUGGUGCUGCAAGUGUUGGAUUGGAUGAUUGGGACACUAUGUUUCCAACUGGGGAAGGUGCUUUGUUGCCUUGGAUCAUAGGUGACCCUGAAGAUGCUAGUUUGGGUUUGAAGCAUCUGUUGCAAUCUGGUGGUGGUGGUACUAAUCAUCUUGAUUAUGAGGGUAAUGCUGGUCUUGGUGUGGUUGAUCAAGGUCCUGGAUUUGAGAGUCAUAGUCAGAGUCAGAGUCUCUCUCCUCCUUCGCAGCAACAGCUGAUGCCGCAUCACUCUCUUCCUGUUGUUUGUGGUGAAGGUAAUAAUGGUAAUUUGGGUUAUCUGGGGUCUGAAUUUGGGAAUAAUGGGAAGAUUAGUAUGUUUUCACAUAAUUGUACAUCUGGGAUUUUGGAGGGUAAGGUUUCCAACAAUGGGAAUGGGUUGAAUCAUUCAAAUAGUAUGCUUUUAGGGUCAAUCCCACAGCACCAGCAUCAGCAGUAUGAGGUUGGUGAUGAGAAGCCUCAAAUAUUCAACCCACAGAUGAUGAUGAAUGCACAGCAGGCUCAGAGCCUUGGAAACCCUAGCUUCUUGAUACCUCAAUUGGGGUUUUGUCAGCUUGACCAACAUUUGUUUCAACCCCCUACCAAGCGUCAUAACCCGGGUGUUGUUUUGGACCCUAAUCUUGUUGGGAAGAACCCGUUUCAUGAUCAGGGUCAUGACUUCUUGUUGAGGAAACAGCAGCAGCAGCAGGGUUUUCAGCAGAUGCCCAUGAGUUUCCCUCCGAACUUGCUACCUCCACAUCUCCAGCAGAAGCCAAUGAUGGUGCCCAAGCAAAACCAUCAUCAGCAACAGCAACAGCAGCAGCAUUUCCCAUUGCCCGUCCUUCAUCAGCAGCAGCAGCAGCAGCAGCAAGAGCAGGCUAUAAAAGACCAGCUCUUCAAGGCGGCAGACCUGAUUUUAACUGGGAAUUUCUCACUCGCGCAAGAGAUAUUGGCGCGGCUCAAUCACCAGCUCUCCCUCCCUGCAAAGCCCCUCGUUCGAGCAGCUUUGUAUGUUAAGGAAGCUCUACAAAUGCUCCUUCUCAUGGGCAACCCAGUUGCAGCUCCUCCGCCCAAGGCCCUCACACCUUAUGAUGUUGUUCAUAAGAUGAAUGCCUACAAGGUGUUUUCCGAGGUCUCCCCCAUCACUCAGUUUGUCAAUUUCACUUCCACACAGGCCAUUCUUGAGGCUCUUGAUGAUGCUGAUGCUAUUCAUAUCAUUGAUUUUGAUAUUGGUUGUGGUGCUCAAUGGGCGUCUUUUAUUCAAGAGCUUCCCUUGAGGAAAAGGGGUGCUCCUUCUCUCAAAAUUACAGCCUUAGCUCCUUUAUCCGUAACUAAUCCCUUUGAACUAGGCCUCAUUCGUGAAAACCUUGUGCAGUUUGCCAAUGAUAUAGGUCUUGCUUUUGAGCUUCAAGUUGUCAAUUUGGAUAUGUUUGAUCCAUCUUUGUGCUCCAUGCCCAAUUUUAGAACCUCCGAGGAUGAGGCAAUCGCUGUUAGUAUCCCCAUCUGGUGCUCAUCAAAUCGCCCGUCCAUCCUUGCUCCUCUCCUGCAGUUCAUUAAGCAGCAAUCCCCUAAAAUUGUGGUUUCUCUAGAUAGAGGCUUUGAUCGUUCUGAUGUUCCUUUCCCGCAACAUCUUGUCCAUACUGUUGACUCGUGCACUAACUUCUUGGAGUCUCUUGAUGGUCUAAAUGUAGCCUCAGAUAUUGUGAACAAGGUUGAGAAGUUUUUUGUCCAGCCUAUGAUUGAAAACACCGUAAUGGGACGAGUCCAAUUUCCUGAAAAGAUGCCCCAUUGGAAGAACCUCUUUGCCUCAGCCGGGUUUUCGCCCGUGCAAUUCAGUAAUUUCACAGAAACUCAGGCAGAUUACGUGGUAAAGAGAACUCCAGGGAGGGGAUUUCACGUAGAGAAGCGGCAGGCGUCUCUUGUUCUAAGUUGGCAGAGGCGGGAACUCGUGGCAGCUUCGGCAUGGAGGUGUUGAGAAGUGGCAAUAUCAUCAAGCAAGGGGGAGGUUUGCUUCUGCAUCUGCAUCUGCAUCUUGGUUCACAUUGCAUUUUCCGGAGGUUUAAAUUUUUAUGUGAUACAUGAUAUUGUCAAUAAUUAUAAGCUAUGAUGUGGUGAAUGAUGAUGGCUUCUCUUUGUGGCUUGAAGCUGUUUUCCAUCUCCUUGCUUGUAAGCAUUCUAGCCCUCAUGCCUUUCAAGCCGGCUUAUUAUUUUGCUAUGUACAACCAAACAAUUAACUUCAAAUUUUAGUAGCUUCGUAUUAUGUCUUUCGACA